AUGAGGGUGCACCGGUUGGCUCUACUGGCUUCGCUUCUGGUGGUCGCAGUCAUGACCACCGUUCCCAUCGUCUCGGGCGAAGCUGUGCCCGACGCGGAUGGCAAGACGGCCUCUCAACAUCUUAAAGAGGGAGUGGCAGCGCUGACGACAGGUCGCUACACCUCUGCACUCGCUUCUUUCGAUGCGGCUAUCGCAUCAGACCCCAAGCACUAUCUCUCGUACUACAGAAGAGCUACGGCUCUAUUGUCUCUCGGCAGAACUUCGGCCGCCUUGCAAGACCUGGAUGCUUUGCUCAAGCUCAAUCCUUCCUUUGCUCAAGCGCACCUCGAGAAAGCAAAGACACUGGCCAAGGAUGGAGAGUUGGACCAAGCGAAAGAAUCAGCAAAAGAGUUUCUAAAACUGAAAAAGUCAGACGAGCAGGGACUGACUUUGCAAAGCAGUAUAGAUGCGGCUAUCAAAGCUCAGCAAACACUAAGGACCACGGCGGCCAGCGUCAACAAGCUGGUAGCGAAGGAUGCCAAAGAUGCAAAAAUUGCUGCUCAGGCUGAAGCAUGUCGCAAGCACGCCAGUGUAGUGCUCGAGACUUCGCCAGGAAAUUUGGAAGCUCGAAGGCUGAGGGCAAAUUGCGCACUUGCGCGAGGUGAUCUGGAUGAUGCCGUUGCAGACUGGAGGUGAGUAGAGCGAUGAACAGACAGGUCUUGAACUUCACGCUUCGGUUGAGAUCCUAUCUGACUUUCAACUCUUCUGACGCGCGCAGUCGCAUAGCCCAUCUGGCCCCGUCUUCUGAACUUUUAAUACGGUUGUCAUCCCUCUCCUACCUCAUACUGGGCGAAGAAGGCUCUUCGCAGCAGGAAGCAGGUUUGCUGCAUCUUAAGAAUUGCCUCAACUCGGAUCCCGACAACAAAGCCUGCGCGCGAGCACAUCGUCGAUUGCGAAACCUGAACAAGUCGCUCAAGAAGGCUCACAAUUUUGCGGAUGCAGAAUCUUGGAGAGCUGUGCUGUCCGCGCUCAAAGGUCCAAAGAUAGGAGGACCGACUGUAUUGCAGGAAGUGGAGAGUGCGAUCAAGGACGAUCUGACGUCGAAGGAUGGCAAGGAGCCCGUCUUGCCGGCCUUCCUGCAAGAUGCUGUCGAGAGGAGCGCAUUGAUGCACGAAAUUCGCUCUCUUACGUGUCAAGCCCACCUGGAACUGGAUGAGAUCAAGAAGGCGAUCCCGGCUUGCGAUGCGGUGUUGAAGAGAGAACCAGAGAAUCCUUCGGCGCGAGCUACAAAGGGAGAGGAAUAUAUGCUGGAGGAAAAGUACGAGGAGGCCGUCAGAGAGUUCGAUGCUGCAUUGAAGGCUGCGGGAGGGCAAGAUCGAUCUCUCUACAUGCGCUUGCAGAAGGCUCAGAAGAGACUGAAACUAUCGAAAGCUAAGGACUACUACAAAGUCUUGGGAGUGCCGAGAAGUGCAGAUGCCAAGACGAUCAAGAAGGCCUUCAGGAACAAAGCGAAGGAGCAUCAUCCAGACAAAGGCGGAGACGAGAAGAAGAUGGCACAGGUCAAUGAGGCAUUUGGAGUCCUGGGCAACGACGAGCUGCGAGAGAGGUACGAUGCGGGAGAUGAUCCCAACGAUCCCAUGGCUGGUGCACAGCAGGGUCAUCCCUUCCAGCAAGGAGGCAGCCCCUUCGGUCAAUUUGUGAGUAGUGCUGCCUACGUCCUUGAUCACAAAUUCGUGCAUGCAUCUCGCUCACACAAACUUUCCAACGACCGCAGUUCCAACAGGGUGGAAGUCCGUUUGGCUCUCAAUUCGCUCAGGGUGGUCAACAAUUCCAUUUCAGCUUUUAG